AUGCCAGAACUUCUACAGGCCGGUGUUUUCGACAAAGACACCCUGCCACUUCUGCAGGUCAUUCUGUGGGCAGCUUUGCAAGCUAUGGCUCUCGCUGCAGUUGGAGAUAUGACAAGGGGACCGAAUCGGCCUAUUUAUGUCGAGACCACGCCAGUAGACGACGAUCCGCUGCGCAUAGAUCCACCAGACGAGACCCCGAACGCUCAAGGCAAAGAAAAAGGAAAACAGGCAAAUCUUGCUGUCAGCCUUCCUCAGAACUCACCCACAACGUGGUUACCACCACCGCAGCUUGAAAACGAAGAAUUGAAUGACGGCGAACACUUCCUCGUCGAUUACCCCGUGCCAGAAACCCUUUCCUCGUACCCACCCGCGCUCAAAGAUAUACCAGAUACAAUCCGCACGGUUGUACGAUUAUCGAUAGACGCAGUCUUUGAACGAGCCCGUUCAGAGAAAGAGGCGGCUGUGGCAUUGGCCCAGCGUGUGGCCCCAGACACGGCGAGACAGGAGGAAGAGGAACAGGCAACAGAAAAUCAACAAAUGACAGAAGAAAAUGAACUACCCGCGGAGAGUUUGACAACGGCGGUGGUCGUUUCGCCUGCUUCUCGCGUGGAGGAUCAAUCACUACCAAGCGAGGCCCAAACCGAGCCAGAACGACCAACACUCAAGCCAUCCCGGUCCUGGCGUCGCAGGGUGUUCUCUCAUCGCCACUUGGAGCGGUAUAUAUCUCAGACCGGCGAAAAGAAUAACAACCAGGAAACUCCAGGAUCGCCCAGUGCUUUUAUUAGGCUCACAUUCAAAACCCUCAACCGUCCCUCAGACGGCACCAAGGAAUCUAGAGAAGAGAUAGAAUGCACCGCCUGUCUCGAACCCACUAAAAGAGCCGACUCGGUAAAAGCCGCCAUAUGCAACCACACCUACUGCAAACCCUGCUUCGAGCAGCUCGUCCUCACCGGCCUCCAAACCGAAGCCCAAUUCCCUCCAAAAUGCUGCCUCAACCCCAUCCCCUGCCGCACCAUCACAAAGUACACCUCACGAUCAACCCGAAAACUCUACAACGAAAAAUCUACCGAAUACGCAACCACCGACAGAAUCUACUGCCCCAUCCCCGACUGCGGCCGAUGGCACGACAAAACCACCAUCAUCACCCCCCAAACAGGCACCACCACCACCCCCUACCUCAAGUGCACCAAAGGCCACAAAAUGUGUCCCACCUGCCACCAAAAAGCCCACAAAAAAACCGAAUACUGCCCCCAAGACCCAGACUACCUCCACACCAAAGCCUUCAUCCAAGAGUCCGGCUGGCAAAAAUGCCACCGCUGCAAACGCGUCGUAGAGCACGUGUCCGGAUGUAGACACAUGACCUGCCCCUGCGGCGGCCAGUUCUGCUACGUCUGCGGCGCCAGGUGGAAGACUUGCUUCUGCGCAGAGAGACAGGUAGACGUGAUGAAAUCAAAAGCCGCCGCGCGCCGGCAUGAGAAACAACAGCAACAACAGAGCGAACCUGCCAGCAGCAGCAGCCAAGCUUCACAACCCACCACCACCCCAGCUGAUGAAUCAACACUCGCGAGACUGACCCAAAUAUCCGAGCACUCCUCCCUUCUCACCUUUAUCAUGACCUCGAUAACGGACCACCAAUCUGACAUUUUAAUCACGUCUCACUCCCGCGAAACAUCCCAGCUCGUCCAGUCCCAUGCCCUUCGCCGUCGCAGCUUGAAUCUAAAGCAAUCCACCGCCCUCACCCGCAUGCAAAACUCCCACAUUGCAGGUGUUGCCUCCCUUCAAAAGAAACACGAAGGCGUCGAAAGGGAGUUUUCUCUCAAAGUAGGAGAAUCCCCCUCUGACUCUAUCCCAGACGCAGGGAAAUCACCAGAGGAGAGGAAACUCCAGACUGGAUACGUCACCCUAAACCAAAAAAUGAGAUCAACACAAAACAGAGAGAUGGGGAUGUUAGAACUGGAGCAAAUUGUGGAAAAGGGGGGAAAGGAGAGGGAAUUAAUGAGGGAGAGGGAAAAACUUGAGCAGGAACUAGGACAAGAGGCUAGGGAGCUGAGACGGAGGCAAGUUAUGGAGGCAGAGUGGGGGAGGUUGGUUUGGGAGGAGAGGGGGAGGAUGUUGAGGGAGAUGGAGGAGAGGGAGAGGGAGGUUAUUAUUUUAGAGGGGGGAGGAGAGUAG